AUGCAGCGACUGUGUGUAUAUGCGCUGGUUCUGGUGCUGGCUCUGGCUGCCUUCUCUGAAGCUUCCUGGAAGUCCCGCUCGCAGCUGCAGGAUGCGCCCUUGGGUCCUGUGACCAAUAAAGGCCUGGAGCCACAGUGGCUGGACCGAAGGCAGCUAGGGCCCCGGGGGCCCCCACACCUUGUGGCAGACCUGUCCAAGAAGCAGGGGCCAUGGAUGGAGGAAGAAGAAGCAGCAUAUGGGUGGAUGGACUUCGGCCGCCGCAGUGCUGAGGAAGGAGACCAGCRUCCCUAG